AUGAAAAAGCAUGAACUUGAUGAUGAUCAAUGGGAUUUUCUCUGCACAAAUAGCCCAAAAUUGGUUGUGAAGAACAUUACUAAUGAUUUAAAAAAGGCUACACCAUCACUUUCAACAAAUGCAAGCUCAGCAGAUGGGCAUUCAAGUGUUAACAUGUCAGGGAAAAAUGCGACGGAUUUAAAUUUAUUUGCGAGAUCUUCAAUUACUCCUACUAAACUUAGGCUUCAGAGCCCUAAACCACCAACUAGAGAUAAGACUCCACAAUUUCCAUAUACAAGACCUAUGCUUAAAUAUAAAUCGUUAACUAAGAAGAUCUUGAAGCCAAAUUUAUUAGACUCAAAAAAUAAGUAUGAGUCACAACUUAAUGUGAGUGCUGAAAAUAUUAAAAAUUCGUCUCAAAAUCCUAUGAAAUUCAGGAUUAAAACGAAAUUGCAGCCAGCAUUAACUGGAGAUCUAGCUCAUUCCUAGGAAAUAAAAAUAGUUAACAUAAUUUUUAUUUAAAAAAACAGUUUGAAAAUAAAUAAUCGAACAAAAAAUAAUAAAAUUUUCUAAUAAGAGAGUAAGGAAAAAACUUGAAAGGUUGGGACUUUUUUCCUCUAGAGACUAA